AUGGUAUCAGAGAGGUUUCUAAACCUUUUUUUUUCCCGCGCCACCGCCCUCGAUCCGCGUACACCGUCCUCGAUCGCGUGCGCCGCCUCCAUCCGCGUGCUCCGCCCUCGGCAACCGCGCCCCAGCGCCGCUUCGCCGCGCGCACCAGCGACGCCCGGCACUCCUCCGCCCCGUGCGCGUCGCUUGCCGCCCUGCAGCGGCCUAAGCGCGCCCGCCCGCAGCGCGUCCCGCCGUAGCGCCGCCCACGCUAGCCCAGCGUCGCCGCCCGACCGCGUGGCCCGGCUAGCGCGCCGCCUAUGCGCAUCCCCACAGCGCCGCCCCAGAGAAAGCCCCCAGCGCAUGGCCUUGCGCAUCCCGGCUGAGCUCCAGCAGCGUCCGCGGCCUGCGUCGGCGCAGCGCAUCCACAACGCGCCCCCGCGCCGCCCGCACCGUCCUCGGCCCCCGCGCACGCCCGUGUUGCCCUCGGCCCCCAGCGCGCCCGAUGUUGCCCCUUAA